AUGCGCAACAAGUGCCAUGUUACUUCAUCUUUGGAGAUUCAGUUUUCGACAGUGGCAACAACAAUAACUUGCAAACUAAGGCAAAAGUUAACUUUUUACCUUAUGGUAUUGACUUUGCCAGAGGCCCGACGGGCCGGUUCACCAAUUGCCGCACUAUCGCAGAUUUUAUUCGGUGAACUCUCGGGUUUUAAGGAUUUUAUUCCGCCAUUCGCCGGAGCAUCACCGGAACGAGCUCACAUCGGGAUGAACUAUGCUUCUGGUGCAGGCGGACUCCGUGAAGAAACUAGUGAACAUUUGAGUGGUCGAAUAAGUCUAAGCAACCAAAUACUAAACCACAAAAAGGCGAGAAAGAAAGUGAAUGUACCACUUCAUAGACUGGAACAAUGCCUUUAUGCAAUCAGCAUUGGAAGCAACGAUUACGUCAACAACUACUUCAUGUCAAAACCAUACAACACGAGUCGCCGUUUUAAGCCUAAUCAAUAUGCACAUUCUCUCAUCAUACUCUAUCAUACUCAAUUGAAGAGUUUGCACCACUUAGGAGCGCGGAAAGUGGCACUUUUCUCGAUCAGUAAGAUUGGUUGCACACCAAAGAUGAUUAGGUCCCAUGGUGGUGGUAAAGGUUGUGCGAGAGAGGUGAACGCUGCAGUGGCAAUCUUCAAUAAGAACCUAGAAGACCUUGUAGAAGAUUUCAAUAAGAACGUCCAUGGUGCUAAGUUCACCUAUGUCGAUAUGUUCUCUGGUGCAGAUCCCUUAGCUUACAAAGUUUUAGGAUUUAAGGUUAGACACAAGGCUUGUUGUACAUUAUCUCCAGGGGAAGAACUUUGCACACCAAACAAACCAAUUUGUGCAAACCGGAGUGAAUAUGUCUUUUGGGAUGAUAUUCAUAGUUCCGAAGCCACUAAUAUGAUGAUGGCUAGCAGCUCGUUUGAUGGACCUCUAGGUAGUCCGUACAGCAUUGCCAGCCUUUUGAAGCAAUAA